ACUGUCAUUGGCUAGAGGAAGUCAAUGUUGAACUGCGAUCACUUCCUGUUUUCAUAUUUUUUUUUUUUAGCAAUGGUCUGAAGUAGCAGUCAACGGAUUUGAUCUUGGCAAACCACCGACAUGUCUUCUAAACCCACUUGUCUAAUUGUGGCCAGUGCAGCUGCACAAGGAGUUUCUGCUCAGUCGUUCCAUCAAGCCUUCUGUCUCUGUAGUUCAGUGUUCAACCUGCAGACUGCUACACCAGGGGGCAAGCCCAUAGAUUUUGUCGGGGUGGAUGAAACCACGGCCAGAUGGAUCCAAGACUUAAGCCAGAAGUCUUUUGCAACCCCAGCCAAGCUGGAGUCAAUAGACGGUGCUCGGUACCAAGCUCUGCUGAUUCCAGACUGUCCUGGGGCGCUCACUGACCUGGCACACAGUGGUUCUCUGGCACGCAUCCUCACACACUUCGCCUCACAGCAGAAGGCGGUGUGCGCUAUAGGACAAGGGGUAUCUGGUCUGUGCUGUGCCAUAGUAGAGGGACAGAAGUGGAUCUUCACAGGCUACAGUCUCACUGGGCCGUCUGUGUUUGAGUUGGUGAGGAGCCCAGACUUUGCCAACCUGCCUCUGAUCGUGGAGGACUUCGUCAAGGACAGCGGAGGAUCGUACACCGCGAGCCAGGAGGAUGCCGUGCAUGUAGUGAUCGACAGACACCUGGUGACCGGACAGAACAUCCUGUCUACGUCAGUCGCUGUCAAUAACCUCAUCAUGCUCUGUAAUGGAAAGUAACAGGUUUCCUGUUCUGCUAUGUAGGGACCAAGCUAAAAAGCCUGGGGCCGGGGAUUCAAUCCGAUCAUGCUUUGAUGGCUAUGCGCCGUUUUUAAAAAAGGUAAUCAGCCAUUGAAUCAUGAAUGCGAUGCCUUUUAAGGAGCUACUGCCUUUUAAGGAGCUACUGCCUUUUAAGGAGCUACUGCCUUUUAAGGAGCUACUGCCUUUGAAAAGCAACGAAUCCAUUUGGAAAAUGGCCAAUUUGGUGUCGAUUAUGAGUUAGAAACAGUUGUUCUACUGUCAAAAUUGACAAAAGUGUAAAUAAAAUAAAAAAGUGUCUAUUUACUCACUAA